UCUCUCUCUCUCUCUCUCAAAGUCUACAUAGAUCGUCUCGCCCUCUCUCCUCUUGUUUCCUGCUCCCGUGCAAACCUCUUUAGAGCCGGACUGCCUGAAGAAACAGUUGGUGAUCGAGCAGGAAUCCUACCUCAGAGAGGAGUCAUGGUGAACUAAAGAUCCGUCCUUUCUUCUAAAUUGAGCUUCUUUCUGAUACUACUAAUGCUGGUUGGAUUGGAUGAAGGCGGUGGAGUGCCGGAGGAGAACUGUCGCUGGCCGCCGUGGCUGCGGCCGCUUUUGUCGACGAGGUUCUUCGUUCAAUGCGCGGUCCACGCCGACUCGCACAAGAGCGAGUGCAACAUGUACUGCCUCGACUGCACCAACGGCGCCCUCUGCUCCCUCUGCCUCGCCCACCAUCACCGCGACCAUCGCACCAUCCAGAUACGGCGGUCGUCCUACCACGACGUGAUCCGAGUGUCGGAGGUCCAGAAGAUGCUGGACAUAACCGGCGUGCAGACGUACAUCAUCAACAGCGCUCGCGUGGUGUUCCUGAACGAGCGCCCUCAGCCGCGGCCCGGCAAGGGAGUCACAAACAACUGCGAGGUCUGCGAGCGUAGCCUUCUCGACUCCUUUCGCUUCUGCUCCCUCGGCUGCAAGAUAGCCGGCACCGCCAACGAUGGCAGCAACAAGAAAUCGGGCGAGAAGAAAACAAUGGCCACAGCGGCAUCAUCGGAUUCGGACGAGUCGUGCACUAGCCGCGGGAGCGAGAAUAGCAACAUGACCAACAGUUUCGCCCCCUCCACUCCGCAGUAUCACCGGAGCGCCAAGAGGAGGAAGGGCAUUCCCCACAGGGCCCCCUUUGGUAGCCUCAUCUUGGAGCUUUAGGCCAGGCAUCUCUUCUAUUACUACCCCAGUCAUUACUAAUCUAUUCUCCUUAUAUCUUGGAAUCACCUCAGUCAUCAUGCAUGAUACGUACGCUUCUAUACAAAUACAUCCAUACAUAUAAAGACCAGCAUAUGGAGAAUGCAGGUUAAACUAGAUAUGCAUCUACAGGUACAGUGGUGAAGUUAUUGUAGGUUGUGAUGGUUAGAGAAAGAGAGAGAGAGAGAGAGAGAGAGAGAGUGUGUGUGUGUGUGUGUGAGAGAGAGA